CACGUUUGUAUACUGUUGGUAGGUCGUCCUUGGCCACUGGAGCAUGUCGUAUAUACAUCGCGAAUACUUUAAGCACAUACAAAAUAGUGGAACAUGUAUAAAACGGCUAUCGAAGAUCAUUUGCUACACAAUGGUUGGAAAGUUUUGAGUAAUUUUUGUUUGAAAUAAUUGAAUCGCAUGUAUAUACGAGUGUCAAAAAGUGAAGACGGAGAAAAAUACACUUUGGAAAUCUACAUUACCACCACCGAGAGACGACGACGAAAAAAUGACAGCUGACAUUUCCAAUCGAUAUUAUCGAUAUCGUCAAAAGUGACAGCCCUCAAAUACUGACAAUAAAAUCGCCAAAAACCCAUAAAAAAAAAAACAAAAAUCCGCUUCGAAGCAUUAAGGCAGAGUGUUAAAAAUGUACAUGAACUUUCGAGUCAUUGGUUCGUCGCUGAGUUUAUUUGUGUAUAUAUGGAGUUAAAAAUAAUGUAAAAAGAAAAGAAAAAAAAAACAAAACCGAGGAAUUCUUGGAAGUUCGUGCACCUAGCCACCAGUGGUAAAGACGACGCUGGCGUCGCUUCCGAAAGAGCGUAAAGAGUACGAAGGUGGGGGUGGGCUCCGGUAGGAGCAAGGGGGGAGAGAGACUUACUUUCGAGAGAGAGAGCCACCCACCAGAGUGACGUAGGGCUGCCAUAUUUUUUUUUUGUAUGGGGCCUGCCAGGGGGUCAAACGAAAUACUACUGGGGGAUCUCUGGAGUCGGCGAAAUGUUGUUUUGUGAUAAUUAAAUGGUGCGCAUAAUAACGACUUAUUCUUUAUCGAGUAUUUUUUUCAUAAAUCUUCUUUCAAACUUACGUUCUCGCAUUUGACACCGUGUGUUCGUCGUCUGUGUGUGCUUUUUUUACUCGCCGAUUAUCCUCCGCAUUCUCAACUUUUUUCGUUCGGAGAAAUAAACACGAUAAAGCCUCAAUGGCACACGUCGGAACGCGUUGUUUUGUGAUUCAUGAUGAAAGACCAGCUCGUAAUAAUAAAGAAUUAAGAUUAUUGCGUAAUGCAGCAGUGCAUUACUAAUCGAGCCACUAGCCAUAACAAUAAUGGCUGAAGUUUCGUCCAAAAAUCGAGGCGAAGCAGUGCCUCAUCAUUUGGGCGUAAUGGCCAAUCCCACUCACAAUUUUGGCCUCCCGCCGCCUGACAUUAUGCCUAAAGGACUAGCUAACAAUGGUGUAGCAGGAAGGCUGCGACAGCUAGAAACGUUGUUCACCAGCGGUCCAGUCCAAGGGGGUCGGGUUGGACAUACAUUUUCAAUCGAAACUCUAAUCGAUAUACUCUUAAUUCUCUACGAUGAAUGUUGCAAUUCUUCUCUACGUCGCGAAAAGACUGUGUCUGAUUUCAUUGAAUUUGUGAAACCAGUUGCAGCAUGCAUCAAAGGUUUACAACUGGCUCGUGAAGACUUUGAGAUUGUUAAAGUAAUCGGGAGAGGAGCAUUCGGUGAAGUAUGCGUCGUUAAGAUGCGAGGAUCCGACAAAGUCUUUGCAAUGAAAAUACUUAACAAGUGGGAAAUGCUCAAGAGAGCUGAAACCGCUUGCUUCAGGGAGGAACGAGACGUUUUGGUGUACGGAGAUCGAAGAUGGAUCACGAACCUUCAUUAUGCCUUUCAGGAUGACAAUAAUCUGUAUCUGGUAAUGGAUUACUAUUGCGGUGGUGAUUUGUUGACCCUCUUAAGCAAAUUCGAGGACAGAUUACCGGAGGACAUGGCACGUUUUUACAUAGCUGAAAUGGUUCUCGCGAUCGGUUCAAUCCACGAUUUGCGUUACGUUCAUCGGGACAUUAAACCGGACAAUGUAUUACUCGAUGCUCACGGUCAUAUACGUCUGGCCGAUUUCGGCUCGUGUCUUAGACUCUUCGAAGACGGUACUGUACAAAGUAACGUUGCUGUUGGCACGCCGGAUUACAUCUCACCGGAAAUAUUGCGCGCCAUGGAAGACGGACAAGGCAGAUAUGGUCCCGAGUGCGACUGGUGGUCUCUCGGAGUUUGCAUGUACGAAAUGCUCUACGGUGAAACACCCUUUUACGCUGAAUCUCUAGUCGAAACUUAUGGAAGAAUCAUGAAUCAUAAGAAUUGUUUUGAUUUUCCAACGGAAGAUAUAUACAAUGUUUCUGAAGAAGCGAAGGAUCUCAUGAGGAAAUUGAUAUGCAGCUCGGAAAUGAGACUGGGACAAAAUGGAAUUGAUGAUUUUAAGAAACAUCCUUGGUUCGAGGGUGUUAAUUGGGAUACUCUCAGGGAUAGUACAGCGCCUUAUAUUCCUGAAGUUUCUUCACCUACCGAUACGUCUAAUUUCGACGUUGACGACACGGACGUUCGAAGCUCGGACGCAGUUCCGCCUGCUGCUAAUUCGGCGUUUUCAGCUCUCCAUUUACCGUUCGUGGGGUUUAGCUUUACACAGGGCAGUGUUAAAUUUGCUGCUUUUUCUUACUUCAAUAGCUGCAUAUCGGACCUUGGCUCAUUACCCGUUUUACCACAAAAGGACAAGAGUAUGAAAAUUCUGGAAGAAGAAAACGCUCGAUUGUUGGAAACGAUAGAAGACCUGAAGAAUCAAAUUGGCGUUAGUGUAACUAUUUCGCCAACUAUUUCGCCGGAUUCGAAUAACGCCACAAGAAAAUUGCAAGACGAAAUCAACACGCUUACGAAAAGAAACGGUGAAUUGGAGACUCAAUUGAAAUCGAUGGAAUUGCCACGUGAAAUGAAAAUAAUGGACAACGGUGAUUUGACGAAACUACACGAACUCGAAAGGCUCGUACGUAUCUUAAGAUUGGAGAAAGAUGACGCGAUAAAGGACAAAUUGGAUUAUCAGGAGAAGUUGAAGCAACAAGACAAAGAACUGAAGGAUGCACUGACGCAGAGAAAGCUCGCGAUGGCGGAAUACACAGAAGUGACGGAUAAAUUGUCGGAAUUGAGACAGCAGAAGCAAAAGUUGUCGAGACACGUCCGCGAUAAGGAGGAAGAAUUGGAAGUAGUGAUGCAAAAGGUUGACAGUUUGCGACACGACAUAAGAAAAGCCGAGAAAUUGCGUCGCGAAUUGGAGAAUAGGGUCGAGGAAGCAAUGGCCGAAACGAGCAAAGAAAGAAAAUUGCGUGAACGCAGCGAAGAAUAUUGCAAACAAAUGCAGGAAGAAACUGAGAAAAUACGACAGAGAACAUCGGGCAACGACGCAAGCACGAAUCACGCUUUGGCGACUCAAGAAAUCAACAGGCUCAAAGCUGAGGUGGAAAAGCUCGAAGUUCAAUACAACGAGAAUUUAAAUCAACAACAAUCUCGUUACAACAUUGAAAUUCGUAGUCUCCAAGAACAACUGCACGAAAGCGACAACAGACGUGAAUUACUCGAACGCGAAGUACAAUUGACCAAGGAGAAGUUGGACGCCGCCAGACUCGAAAAUAUAACCGACAGCGAAGAAACGAUAAACGAAUUGAAUCGACGACACGAGAGAGAAAAAAUAAUGCUUGCCGAAGAGAACAAGAAAUUGCUGAUUGAACUCGGUUCUGUUAAUGACAGCGUCAAUAGAAUACAGGGCGAGAGACGACAACUCGAAGAAGAAUACGAAGAAUUGAGAAACAAGAAAGAAGCCAUCGCCCAAUGGGAAGCUCAAAUUACCGAAAUUAUACAAUGGGUCUCGGACGAAAAAGAUGCUAGAGGAUAUUUACAGGCACUGGCUACAAAAAUGACCGAAGAGCUCGAGUUCCUCAAACAUUCCGGCGGGGUCGGAGGGGUCGGCAGCAGUUCAACAAUGACUGACAAAAAUUGGCGUAACCGAAGAUCUCAAAAAUUGGAUAAAAUGGAACUUCUUAAUUUACAGAGCUCACUCCAAAGCGAAAUACAAGCGAAACAGGCUAUCUCUGAAGAGCUCACGAAAACACGAUCGGAUCUUAUCGCGGCUCAAAAGGAACUUCGAGACUCGAGGCAAAGGUUGGAUUCGAUGUCCCACGACAUGAAGAGGAAGGAAAUACAGAUAAAAGAAUUGCAGUCACGUCUCGACUCUGGGGAUGGUUUUCUGGAACGUCCUACAUCGCAAAUGUCAUACCUGGAGCAUUUUCUAAAGGAAACGGCGAGCAGCACCCGUCACGGGAGUGUCGACAGUGUUGAAGGUGAUAUUGAGGAUAACAGAGCCCCGAGCAUCGCUAGUAGUAAGAGCAACCUUUCCGAACUGAGUAUCGAUCCAACAUCCCCAUUGUCUCACGAGUUAUUAAACAAAUCGUCCGCGUCCCACGGACAAACGAGCAUACAGCCGAAACCAAAGUCCCAUCAGUUUCUCGUUCGCACAUUCUCAGCGCCAACAAAAUGCAAUCAUUGUACAUCGUUGAUGGUUGGUCUCACGAGACAGGGUGUCGUCUGCGAAGUUUGUGGUUUCGCUUGUCACAUGCCAUGCUGUGAUAAAGUGCCCGCCAUGUGUCCAGUUCCCCACGAUAAAACAAAACGACCGCUCGGUAUCGAUCCUACGAGAGGAAUUGGUACCGCCUACGAGGGUUACGUGAAAGUACCAAAAAUGGGCGGAGUGAAAAAGGGUUGGGUCCGACAAUUCGUUGUUGUUUGCGACUUUAAACUCUUUUUGUACGAUAUAUCGCCCGAUCGCAACGCCUUACCCUCAGUUUACGUUUCCCAAGUAUUGGACAUGCGAGACGAGGAAUUUAGUGUCAGUUGUGUGCGCGACUCGGAUGUCAUUCACGCGACCAAGAAGGACAUUCCAUGUAUAUUUAGGAUUACUACGUCACUGCUCGAGCCGCCAGGCUUGAGAAAUCACACGUUGAUGCUUGCCGAUACUGAGAGCGAGAAAACGAAGUGGGUCGUAGCGCUAAACGAGCUUCAUCGUAUCUUGAAGCGAAAUAAUCUUCCAAACACAACGAUUUUCCGAGCAAAGGAAUUGCUGGACAAUACGCUAGCAAUUGUUAAAAACGUAAUGUCAGGAGCAAUAAUAGAUCCCGAUCGUCUAGUCAUUGGCACCGAGGAAGGACUUUUCUGUUUAGAUUUAGAUCGUAGCGAAAUUGCAAGAGUCGGCGAAGGAAAAAAGAUAUAUCUUCUCGAGUACAUUACGGAGGAACAAUUGAUAGUUGUUUUAAGCGGUAAGCAACGUCACGUACGACUUGUGCCGGUUAGAGCGUUGGACGGCGAUGAGGUCGAGUGGAUUAAAGUAGCUGAGACCAAAGGCUGCAUAACUCUUACUACUGGUAUUGUCCGACGAAAUCCUCUCACGUACUGCCUCUGUGUCGCUAUUAAAAAACAGAACGCCUCACAUGUUAUGAUUUACGAAGUAACGCGAACGAAGACACGACACAAACGAAUUCACGAAUUGAUGUUACCAUGCCACGCACAAACGCUACAAGUACUCUCGGAAGGACGACUCUGCGUCGGUUAUCCUUCGGGUUUUUCAAUCUACAGUAUAUUAGGAGACCAUCACCCGAUAUCAUUGGUCCAUCAGGAGAACAGUUUGCUGGGAUUUUUAACGUACAGUGCCGUGGAGGCUUUGCGAUGCAUAGAAUUGCCUCGCGGUGAAUUUUUAUUGGUUUUUCAUACGCUCGCAGUUUACGUCGACAGUCAGGGAAGAAAAAGUCGGGACCGCGAAAUCAUGUAUCCCGCUGUUCCAACGGCAGUCAGCUAUUGCGAAGGCUACCUUCUAGUCUACAGUGAAACUCAUGUUGACGUUUUUGAUUGCACGACCGGCGAUUGGCUGCAAACUCUUAAUGUAAAGAAAGCGAGGCCUUUGAAUACUUCAGGCUCUUUAACUACGUGCAUGAUCAAUGACAUGCCACAUGUUAUUUAUUUGAGUAAUUUGCAUCAACGGGAAUUACUCAAUCUUACGCCACUAGACGCGAGCGGUAGACAAAUGACGAGACCCAGAAGACGGUUUUCACUUCGCGAAGGCAAUCGGGGAGCUCGACCUACCGACAGACGAUCCAAAAUGAUUUCAGCGCCAACGAACUUCAAUCACAUCAGUCAUAUGGGACCUGGCAACGGAAUACAGAUUCAAAGACUGUUAGACUUGCCAACGACAUUGGAAACAGCGGACCAACAACAGUAUACGGGUCAUCACAGUGGAACUCAUCUCCAUACCAAUGCUCCACAACGUUUUUAUGGCUCAGCUAUUCAAGCACCGUCAAAACCUGCACCAUUGCCUCCAAGGCAUCCUCCAUCGGACACGCGACGUCUGAGCUCUCACAUGACUCGAAAUUCUGGAUAUUCGCCUCAAAAUGGUUCGACGUCGUCUAGAAGAGGCCCGGCGCCACCACGACCAACGGCUACACCUCCCUCAUUACCGCGCACUCCCGUGGACCAAGUCGAUUCGGAGUCACUGCACAUGCGAUCGCACACUCCAUUGUCACUCGGCAGCAUUGCAUCUUUACAAGACAAGCAAGAGCAUACCUCUGGUGGAAGUCCUCGUCACUCGAUAGCCUCGAAUAAUAGUUCAAAUCCAUCGACGCCGCCGAGUCCGGCUCACGAUCAUGGCUCGUCGUCGUACGACUCCUAAGAGGGAUGUUUCAUGCCUGUUCAUUUGGAAUCAAGCGUUCGUAAUGGAAAAAAAAAAAAACAGAAAAUAUGGAAAAACAAAAUAUUUAUGGCAACACGCUGUGGAGCGAAAAUAAUCAUCGUUUUCAUCAUAUAAGCCCAGACAAUGCGCGUGGGCUGCAAUUUUUAAUUUAAUUUAAUUUUUUGACCAAAUAUAUCUACGGCUCCGACUAGGAUGGAAAAGGAGAGAAGAAUUAUUAAGAAAAUGAAAAAGAAAAUUACGGAAAAGAGCAAAAUAUAAAAUAUUAUAUAUAUAUUAUAUAAAUCUAUAUAUAACGAUGUAGGAUCUCGAGGUAAUGGGCAGUAUUUCAAGUUCUUUUGAAAAACUGUCACGGUGUACUCUCUGAACGAAAUUCGCAAGCGUGUGACCAGUACAGAACUUUUUUCUUAUCGUCCUGAAACGGUGACGUAAUGAGGAUCCUAGUGAAUGUUCGCGACCCUACAAAAUAACGAGAAACCAGAACUUUCUCGAAAGUCCUACGAUUCUUCGUUCUCCUUUUCUUUACCUUUUUUUAUUUAUUUUUUACGUCCCUUUCUCGAACACAACGAGAAUAUUUAGAUAUAGAAUCAGAGAAUUUCAUCGUUUUUUAUUAUGUUGGAGUUUACAUUGUCGAAAUGCAAGAUUUUUCUUUUUAUAUUCACCAAAUCUUGAUGCAGACAAGAACCACUAAAAUUGAUAAACUUCUCUACGCUCAUUUUUUUUUUACAAAACUAUUUGACGAAAUUAUCGAAAGGUUGAUUAACAAUUUUAUAAAUUCGGAAUAUUUUAGCAAAGUGAGUUUCCAAAUGGAAUUCGUAAAUCAAUUAAUAGAGAAAGGAGAUUCCACUUUGCUUUUUAUCAAUGAAAACUCCAAUGUUUUGGGCGUCACGUUCAGGCCCUUGUUGGUUUAAACUAAUCCUCUCAUUUGGCGUUUUAUUGUCGUGUAAUUAUUGAUCGAAUCGACGAAAAACAGUGAUUGUAAAUAAUUGAUACACUUAAGAAAUUUCGACGAGCAAGAUAAUGCGGCAUUGAAAUUUUGUUUCGUGAUAUCUGGUUAUUUUAAUGUAUCUUCUUUCGUUGUCAUCGAAUCUAACGUUUCUUCCGGUUGAAUUUUUCGAUUUGAGAACAAUUAAGACACUGAAAAGUCGACGUUAGGGGCUUUUACACACGGAUAAAAGAAGAAUUAUAAUCAAAUUAAAAUGCCAGUCAAAUUAUAUAUUUAGCAAUAUAAAAUUAAAGGUGAAAAGCAAGAAAUUAAUGAAAAUGCUAAUUAAGAGCAAAAAAAAAGAAAAAACUGCAUUUACUCGAUUUUACCUACUUCUCGAGAGCCUAGGUACAAAAUAUCUCAGUACAUAUUUUCGUUUUCUAUUUUUGUUUCCUCUUCUUUCUUUCCAUACAUCAAAAGAGUAUUCAAAAGCUGUUAAAAGAUUAUCGUAAUAAAUUAAAUUUAAAUCAAUUCAUUGAACGCCUUACGAUUGAAAAAAAAAAAGAGAAGAAAAAAAUGAACACUCAUCGAGAUCAGAAUAUAAAAGCCAGCGAAAAAUCGAACAGCGAUAAAGUUUUAGCCGCUUCGAAAGUUAGCAAGAUCAUCAUUGGGCAUUUAUCUCGCUUGCAGAAUGAAACGAACGAGAAAAACCCAGUAGGGAAAGUCGACUAAAGAAUCAUAGAAGAAAUAAAAAGAAUAAACAAGUCAAUAACGAUCAUCCGAAUGGUCUUCGAAGUUAGUGCCGAACGUGAGAUUUUUCACGACAAUUAUUAAGGCCGUUGUUCGUUUAGGAUUAGAAGAACUCUGGAUUAACGUAUGUUCCAGAUGAAAAGAAAAAAGAAAAAAAUAACAAAACCGAAAGAAUUGUAGAAUUUUUUAUUUUAAUACGAGUUCUAUUGACAAAUUUUUUACGAGAAUCGCGUAGCUUUUUUCGUUACCGUGAUAACCGUAGUUUCUUCAAAUCCGCUCUGUUUUUUUAUCCAUCGUCAUUCGGGCGCUCGUUUAUUUGUAUUUUGCAUUGUAAUGUCAAAUCAUGUUUUUUACACACUCGUAUCCUGGUCUCUACAUCGAAUCAAUUUCGUGACUCAUCCGUGUUGAUGUGUGUACACACUUGGGAAGAAAUGCGAAUUUUCUACACAUGGUUUAUAUAACAGCUCGAAUAAAUGGAAAAAUGAAAUAGUGUUUUUGAAUUUUAAAAAUACCCAUUGUUACGAAAAAAAAUAAAUAAUUAAGAAAAAAAACACACUUAGUGUCAGAAUAAUCGACGAUGAGAGACGUAUAAUAAUGUGGCUUCCGAAUGAGAACGAAAAAGCAAGAAAAAAAAGUAACCUAUAGCCCUUCGAAGUACGUGUCUUUCCACAAUGUUAGAGUACAAUUCAAAUAAAAUAACGUCUUGGCCUAUCUGAGUAUAUAAUUGGACGCGACUAGAUGUAAAAACGCGACAAAUCCACGCAAUAAUCCAAGGCCAACGAAGCGUAGUUAAAACUGACGAUAAGUAGAGCAUAAAUAAUGAAUAAUAACUAAACGAAAGUUCGUCAAACGAUUCUUCGUCAAAAUCGUUUAAAGAAAGGCUCAGCACGUUGCGAUUUUUGAUAUUCGGAAAAAAUAAUUUUCCACGAAACAACGAGGAUAAAAUUCGAGCGACGCUUCGUUUGCUUUGGAAUAAAUCUUUAUCGAAUUUCUCGGCGAUAACGUCAAUGAAGUUUUUAUUAUAUUUUCCUUCAAACUCGAUUCGUACACAAACGAAAUCCUAAUUACGUGCACAUGUACGUAAAAAAUAAAACGUUAUUGAGUUUGAAAUUGGAAAAGAAAAUCAAUCGAAGCAGUUUUUAUAACUAGAUAAUCAGUUCAAUCACGGGUAUACGAAUUUUCGUUCAGUAAGGAACUUGAUAUCCUCGUCUUUACAAAUAACUCCACUGUGUUUUUUGCCCACUCUUCAUCAAUUCCAAAAACGUUAAUCUCAAACUCCAGCAAUUCGAUAAGCAAUUGGUGAAAGUUUUAAUAAAAAAAAUUAAAAAAUACAGAAAACAAUUCUAUGAAGUAUUGGCAAAAAUGACACGAGUUUUCUGCUCAACGAAUAAUUCGGGCCAGUGACGAAUAUAAGCAUCGAUAAGGAAAAGGCAAAGGUGACUGAAAUAUAAAAUAAAAGAUUAAAUAUAAAACUGCGCCCUGUAAAUCACUAUUACUGAACUAUCCCAUCGGAUCUAACAGUCUUGUAUCGAAGAUAUAGAAAUGCCGUUAAUAGAUCAAAUAUGUUAAUGUUAUUAUAUGAAAAUGUAAUGCUACGUAUAUUGCGCUACCCAUUAACAUUGUAUAAUGAAGCUGAAAAGUUGACGAGAGGGAUAGGCAAAAAAUGAAAAAAAAAUACUCCACAUACAUUCGAAGCGUUGAUAUAAAGUUUAAUAAGUAAAAAGCAAAUGAAUCGAGUAUGUAUAACCGCUGACUAAUAUCCAUUGAGGAUUUGCAUCGUGACGAAGUAACGUUCCGAAAAAAUGAGGAAAAUUUACGAAAAAUAAGAAAGCCAAUCAAUCGAUUUCAGUCAGAGAUUUAUUCGCAAGCAGUUGAUGUACUUAUGGAGAGAUUCAUUCUGAAAUUCCGUCGUCAAUGUUAGGAACGAGAAAGAAAAAGACCAACAGGGAUUCACCAAUCAAAAUUCUUACGAAAAGACAAAAAUAGAAGGGAAAUAACUGGAUCAGAGCAGAAGAUUAUUCCAUACUUUCACUCACAAAAACUCAAGUUGCUCUCGAAUCAUUGAAACGAUUAAAAACUCAAUUAUUUUUGUUCAGUCAGUUUUUUCUUUGUUUGCUAAUUAUCCGUAUAUCAUUGUGUAAAUAAUUGUGUACUACUGCAAUGCCUGGAAAUAUCUCGAAAUACUUGAAAGCAUCGUUUAGCAGGCUCGAAGCAAAACAAAACUCUUCUUACUAUCGUUUACUCCUUUUUUUACUAGAUUUUUUAAAUUUCAAGCCAGAAACUCCCGCAAUGAUUAAAGUCUGGCAAGUGCAUAAUAUUAUGACUAUUAUAAUAAUUUCUAUUGUACCCUGAAGAUAAACCGAGGGAAAACUUUGUAAAAAUUGUCCCAAUUUUCAUUAAUUCUAUUAUCCGUCGAUAGACUAAAACGAAAAUUUCUAUACGAGCAACGUUCUUGUAGCAUGAAGAUUAUUAUCACCAUUGAUAAAUUUAGAACAGAAACACAUUCAACGUCCCUUGUUCCCUUGAAAUCGAAAACUCUGACGGUUAACGUAACGUGUGUUACGUUAAGCAUUUCUUAUUAUUUCAUUGCUGGUGCACGUUCUCACACCAGUGUAAUAUAAUAUUACUAUCGAUGAUAAAUAAUGAAUCUGGUCCCUUAAUUCAGCAUCCAAAAUAACAAAUCGAAUAAAGAAAUGAAAUACGAUAGGACAAGAUAAAAAAUAAAAAAUAAAAGAAACAGAAGCAUAUUAGUUUAGGACAACUACGAAUAAACUUAUUUAUGACUCUUGUGCAUUGUUUUAAAGUAUUUAUUGAUCCGACUAUAAAUAACAAAGUAUCUAAUCAAA